AGAAAAAUUUUACUGAUUAUAUUAACCCUCUCCGGUUACAUGGAACAUCCCGUCAUAAUGACCGCUACUCCAGAAAAACACGAGUUUUAUUCAUUUUUUGAGGGGCUACUUUUCAACCAAUUUUUUGUCUUUGAUCAUUUGGAAUGGGAUAAGUGUCCCCACUUGUGUAAAUGUGAACCUUAAAGCAGUCAUAAUGACCGAUAUUCCGGGCAGAGGGUUAAAAAACGAGAAUUGAAAAUUAAUAGAUGUAUUUUUUUUUUACAAUUCUGAUAUUCUUUACUAUUGUGCCAUUAAUGUAUGAUGUAUUUGUUAUGAGUCUGUUAAAAAAAUAUCAGAGAGAUUAAAUAAAUCUAUAUGAAACACAUUCGUAAACAUGUUUUGCAAAUGUGUUUAAUUGAAUGUCAUAAACAGAGUUGCGUAAUCGUUCGAAGGUAUAUACGCGAUCAAGGUAUAUCGAUAGUCCAAAACCGGUUUGACUACUUCAGGAUCACUCUACUAUGCUUGAUUUUCAUCUAUAAUCAGUUAUCUGCCUCUAUUCAAAGAGCCAAAGUGGUGAUCCCGCACAUAAUAUGUAUAAAAAUGUUAAAAUUUUCAACUUUCCAGAUGUCAAGCGAAAUAUCGGCCGGACAGCGAGCUCUUUAAUUGCUUGCAUCGAGCCCGAAUUGGCAGCUAUAGUCAAAGCCGGUACGUGGAAAAACGAGCGCAUAAUCGCCUCGCCUCAACGAACGAAGAUCGCGCUAUCAAAUGGGAACAAGGCGCUCAAUUUUUGCGCCAAUAAUUACCUGGGUUUAGCGGAUAACAAGGAUGUUGUUAACGCGGCAAAGAUUGCGUUGGAUAAAUACGGGGCGGGUUUGAGUUCCGUGAGAUUUAUAUGCGGAACGCAGGAGAUACACGUCGAAUUAGAGAGAAAAAUCGCCAAGUUCCAUGGCAGGGAGGAUACGAUACUUUACGCGUCCUGCUUCGACGCGAACGCCGGUGUCUUUGAAACUCUGCUGACUGCCGACGACGCGGUGCUGAGUGACGAGCUAAAUCAUGCGUCUAUCAUCGACGGGAUACGAUUGUGCAAAGCGAAAAAAUACAGGUACAAGCACAGAGACAUGACGGAUUUGGAGAAUAAGCUUCAGGAGAGCAAGUCGGCACGCUUGCGCCUCAUCGCGACCGAUGGAGUAUUUUCCAUGGACGGCACCGUCGCGCCGUUGUCGAAGAUAAUCGAGCUCGCCAAGAAGUACGACGCUAUCACGUUCGUAGACGAUUGCCAUGCCACUGGAUUUUUCGGCAAAACCGGCAGAGGUACAGAAGAGUACUUUGGUCAUCUGGGAGACAUCGACAUCGUUAACUCUACGUUGGGAAAGGCUCUUGGAGGUGCGGCAGGCGGUUACACGACCAGCAAGAAAGAGAUUGUAAGUUUACUGAGACAAAGAAGUAGACCGUAUCUGUUCUCGAACUCGAUACCUCCACCCGUUGUCGCAACGGCAAUUAAGGUGAUGGAUCUCAUAACGGACAGCACAAAGUUUCUGGAGCGUUUAGCAGGCAAUACCGAGCGUUUCAGAGAUGCGAUGACCACGGCUGGAUUCACCAUCAGCGGCGAUAACCAUCCCAUCUGUCCUGUUAUGCUAGGUGAUGCGAAAUUAGCAACAACAUUUGCAGAUAAAAUGAUGGAAAAAGGAAUUUAUGUAAUUGGAUUCAGCUAUCCUGUGGUACCAAAAGAUAAAGCAAGAAUACGUGUGCAGAUUAGCGCGGCGCACUCGACCGAAGAUAUAGAUCGUGCCGUGAAUGCUUUCAUACAAAUUGGAAAAGAACUUGCAGUAAUUUAAUAAAUAUAUUUUCGAUAAAAGAGUAAAGAGAAACUGAAUGAUUUUGUCUCCAAUAUGCAUUCUAUUUCGUUACACAAGUAAAAAAAAAAUUGUAAUGUUAACGCUAUAUAUUUAAGCUGAUUUGUAUUGUACAAAUUAAAUAUUGCAAAUAUAGUAUAGUGCAUGCGAAUGUAACAUUGAAUUUAUUAACACGUGCAAUAACAAAUAUCUCAAUCGAGCAGU